AUGUCGAACAUCGCAUUUAACCGGCUGCAACGAGAAUGUAAAGAGGUCGUUACCAACUCGGAGAUCAGCGAAACCGGAAUAAUGAUCGAGAUUUUGAAUGAGAAUCUCACCGAGAUCAAGGGACACAUCCGAGGACCACCAGAUACUCCAUACGCCGGUGGAAUGUUCGAUUUGGACAUCAAGAUUCCGGAUCAGUAUCCUUUCUCGCCACCGUCGGUCAAGUUCGCCACGAAAAUAUGGCAUCCAAACGUGAGCUCUCAGACCGGUGUGAUCUGUCUCGACAUCCUCAAGGAUCAAUGGGCUGCCUCCUUGACCCUUCGCACUGUUCUACUCUCCAUUCAGGCGUUGAUGUGCACCGCCGAGCCAAAAGAUCCACAGGACGCUGUCGUGGCUAAGCAGUAUAUGGAUAAGCCACAGGUUUUCAAGGCCACCGCUGAAUACUGGACUCUGAAAUUCGCAAAAGGCACCUUGCCAGUCAACGCCGACUACCAGGCUCGUGUCGACAAGCUCAAGGACAUGGGAGUUCGUGAGGAGGAGGCGAUCAGCGUGCUCAGCUGCAACAACUGGGAUCUCAACCGUGCCACCGUCUACAUUUUCUCUUAA